AUGAUACGCGACUAUCAUCGCUGGAUGGGCGGUGUGGAUAUACAUGAUCAAUUGAGACUUCAACGGUACUCUCUUCAGCAGCAGACCAAGUGCAAAACGUAUUACAAAGCCAUUUUGCUGGGGCUUGUGGACAUUGCGUUGCGUCAGCCACAGAAUGACGGGUCGAAUCCUAUUCCGAGGUCACUUCCUGAUGCGCACGUAUCCCGUGAAAACCCCGACUUCCAAGCUAAUCAACGGGCAGCGCAGGCGCAGACAACGCCAGUCAAGGAUGAAGGCAGUGUUGGGGAAGGCCAGUGCUCCGACGACAAUGACGACGCCGCCAACGAGGAGGAGGGUGGCGUGGAUGACGGUGGAAAUGAUGCGGGUGAACUUACGGGCGCUGAUGAAUAG